AUGGUCAUGUCUUUGAGAAAAACUCAAACACCCCCCGUAGACGAAUCACGAGGACAUUUUGGGGUAGUACGCGACAGUGAACCACCAAUCCAACAUCAAGAUUCUUUCUUUCCGCACAUAGAUGAAGACCAAUCGCUCGGGGAAGGCGACUCAUCUUCUUUCCUUGACGCUACUCUUGCGCCUUCCAGAUCCCGAUCUUUUAGAAGCUCGGGCGAAAGAACAUAUAGUUCCCGCCUGGAUCACCCUCAGGAAAAAACCUCACUUGCUGGCCAAGAUGAUACGGAAAAAGCAAGGUCGGAAAAUGCAAGUGUAAAGUCUGACGGAACAAGAGAACACAUUCCAAGCGAGGUCCAUAUGUUCUCCUUGGAAGAUGACUCAAGUCUCCCUGUCAUGACGGUAAGGUCGAUCUUGGUAGGAAUCCUGGAAGGCAUUUUGGGCGCCGCUGUUACACAAUUAUUCAUGUUCAAGCCGGUUCACCUUCGUCUGCAACCUCUUUUUCUACAAAUUACAUCGAUGCUUUUGGGAAGGGGACUGGCCCUAAUACCCGGACCCAAAUGGUGGAACCCAGGUCCAUUCAGCAUUAAAGAAACCACAUUCGCUUCCAUUAUGUCUACUUCGGCGAGUGUUGGUGCCUUCGCCAUCGAGAUGUUGGCAGCCAAAGAUCUAUAUUUCGAUCAAGUCUCAAGUCUUGGAGUCUCUCUCCUUGUACUUCUGAGCUCACAGAUGAUAGGAUACGGCUGGGCAGGAUUAUUACAGCCUAUUCUUGUUUAUCCUGCGCAAGUUGUUUACCCAGACGUAUUACCAUCUGUUGCUCUGUUCCACUCACUUCACGGCGAAGGUCAACACACAAAGGAUCAGCUGUCGUUUUUCAAGAAGGCUUUCUUCAGCAUGGGAUUUUACGAGAUUUUUCCUACCUACAUAGCUCCAGCAUUCCAAGCAAUCAGUUUCUUUUGCCUUACCCUUCCUCCGAAUCCCUUGAUAACAAAUCUUUUCGGGGGAGCAAAACCAUUUGAAGGGCUGGGAUUUCUGAAUAUUUCUGGUGACUGGGCAUUGAUAGGAGCACACGGUCCCUUUUUUACGCCCCUGAGCGCUCAAUUUCACCAUAUUUCUUGGUUUGAUGCUGGAGUGGCCCAAAAUUUCCCAUUUUUGUCUGUCUCUUUGCUCACCGCUCAGGGAACGCCGUAUCCUAUCAAAAAAGUCAUCAAUGGUGACGGAACCCCUAAUGAAGACGCCAUCACGCAAAUCGGUCUACCCUCUUUCACUUCGACAUACGUGAUCGCUCAAGUGUUUGCAUCUUUGGCGGCUGCAUCGGCGAUCACUCACGUGUUAUUGUACAACUAUAAAAUCAUCUUGCAAUUAUUCAAAAGAAAAGGCAACGCCGAAGGCAUAGACCCUCACAGAAUCGUGUGUCAAAAAUACCGGGAUUUUCCGGUGUGGGGUUUCUGUUUGAUCAGCUUGAUAUCUAUCGGCAUGGCGCUAGGGGCAUCCGCUCUUGACAAAUCGGGCCUAUCUCCUCUUGGCCUUUUGGUGGCGAUUGCUAUCUCUGGUCUUCUUACCUUGGCUGUUGGUUUCCUGACAGCUAUCACAGGCUUUCAUCUGAAUAUGAACGGUGUGGUACAAAUGUUGGGGGGGUUGAUGUUCCCUGGAAAUGCAUAUGGGAAUAUGUAUUUCACAACUUUCGGAGCCUCCACCGUAGCCCAAUCUAUGAAUAUGAUCAAAGAUCUCAAACUAGGCCAGUAUAUGCACAUCUCGCAGAGUAUGGUAGUCAUAUCUCAGUUGAUUGGGACUUUGGUCGGGGCUCUCGUGAAUUACGCUAUGAUGAAAGCCUUAAUUGGGAGUCAACGUGAAGUGUUGCUUCUACCAAAUGGUAAUGGUGUCUUUUCAGGAUUUGCGAUUGCUGCGUUUGAAUCACACGCAGUCAGCUGGGGGGCCUUCUCUACCAAGUUGUUCAUGGCCAAUCAACGUUACGUCGCAAUCCCGGCUGCCCUUGGUGUUGGACUCUUUUUGCCAAUACCCAUAUUCAUGGCGCAUAAAUACUGGCCACGACUGAAACUAAACUUGAUCAACGUACCAUUGGUUACUGGGUCCAUCUCUUCUGGAUACUCAGGUGCUACUGCCGGUAGAUUUGUAAAUAUAAUCAUUGGACUGAUGUCACAAUUUUACGCACGACGAUAUCUACCUGAAUGGUUCAAGAAGUAUAAUUACGUUUGCUCAGCUGCUUUAGAUGGUGGAGCACAGAUCGUCAUUCUAAUAUUGGCAAUCUUUUUCCAAGGUGGUGCGGGCUACCAAGUCCACUUUCCUACUUAUUUUCUUAAUCCAGACCCAAGUAUACCCAAAGAUUAUUGCUAUAUGGCACCCCAGGCUUCACAGAAAGCUGAAUAG